AUGGUCCGCAAAGAUCCCAUCUUCGAAGCCCGCACCAAUGUCAAGCUCCAUUCCAAUCGUCUAAAGAAAGAAGCCGCACGGGCCGAGGCAACCUUCAAAUCUGAAAAGGCCAAAGCCGACAAGGCGAUGAAAAACCGCGAGUUCCAAAUCGCACGAAUCCACGCGGCCUCAGCAGUGCGCGAGAAACGCCGCCAGGUGACCCUCAAAUCAGAAGCCGCCCGAGCCGACGUAAUCAUCAACGAGCUCAAAGCCGCGCAGAGCACGCGCGACACAUCCCGGACACUGGCGCUCGCUUCGCGGGGUCUGGACGCAGCCUCGAAGAGUGUCAACCUGGAGCACCUGGUAUCGCACGCGAACAACUUCCUCGCCCGGUCCGAAGACUUUAAGAUUGCGAGCAGUGCGAUCGAGGACGUUGCGCAGGGAGUCUCGAUGCAGGAGUACGGUGCGGAGGGAGAAUCGGAGGUGGAUCGGAUGAUGGAGCAGUUGGCAGACGAUGCGGGAGUUGAUAUGCGCAUGGCGCUGGAGUCUGGCAAGGCACCCGAGGAGAUCCAGCAGCAGGCUGAGCCCGUCAAGCCGGAUGCGGAGGCUGAGGACGGGCUUGGUGCGAGAUUGCGGGCGUUACGGGCUGCCAACUGA